AUCCAACGGCCACAAGUCAAAACCGUAUUCGACCGUUGGAACCAAAAGUUCUUUCAUAAGGCAAGCAAGCGGCCAUUGCCCCAAAUCUCCGCCCUGUCCCUUUUAUCUCACACUCUGAGAUUGGCAGUGAGGAAUCAGAGAGAGAAGACAGAGUUCUUGUGAGAAAAAGAAGAAGAGCGAAGAAAUGGCGUCCAGACCCAUUGUUCCACAGCAAGUUAGAGGGGGUUUGAACAAGCAGCACCAUCCAGAACCACAGAAAAAACCCAUGGCCGCCGGAGGGGAGAACAAGAGCCGGCGAGCUCUAGGUGACAUCGGGAAUCUGGCCGCAGGGAUCGUUCCUGAAAUUCCAGGAAAGCAAAUCACUCGCCCUCUCACCAGGAGCUUCCGCGCUCAACUUCUGGCCAACGCCCAAGCCGCCGCCGCAGCGGAUAACAAUAAGAAGCAAAUCUGUGUCGAUGUCGAUCACAAGCCGACAAAGAAGGCCCUUGUUGCGACCAAGAGACCCACAGCCGCCGCCGCCUUACCCAAACCGAAGCCGAAGCCGGCAGUCACCAGCGACGAAGUAAUCGUCCUUAGCCCUGAUUCAGAGGUCAAGAGUAACAAGAAAAAGUGUCAAGAAAGGUCGAAGAAGAACAAGAAACUUCAGACCCUCACAUCCAUCCUCACAACCUCGAGCAAGAUUGCUUGCAAGCCAAAGGAGAAGGAAGUCUUUAACAUCGAUGCCUCGGACGCUGGUAACCAUCUCGCCGCCGUCGAAUACGUCGAGGACAUCUACAAAUUCUACAAGCUCGUUGAGAAUGAAAGCCGGCCGAUUUGCUACAUGGAUUCACAGCCGGAGAUCAACACAAGGAUGCGAUCCAUCCUCGUCGACUGGCUUAUCGACGUCCACCAGAAGUUCGAUCUCUCCAGAGAGACUCUUUACCUCACAAUCAGCGUAAUCGACCGUUUUCUCUCCGUGAAAACCGUGCCGAGGAAGGAAUUACAGCUCGUCGGCAUCAGCGCCACUCUAUUGGCAUCUAAGUAUGAAGAGAUCUGGCCGCCGGAGGUCAACGAACUGGUCACAAUCUCCGACAGAGCCUACUGCGGUCAACAGAUUCUAGCCAUGGAAAAGACCAUCCUCGCCCAUCUCGAGUGGACCCUAACAGUCCCGACCCAGUUCGUCUUUCUCACCCGAUUCGCCAAGGCUGGUACCGCGAAGACCACGCCCACAGCUCCGGCGCUCGAUGGGGAUGUGGAGCACAUGGCCAAUUACUUGUCGGAGCUCGGCCUGAUGGACUACGAGUGCUCUGUAAUGUUUCCACCGUCGAUGGCUGCCGCGGCGGCGGUUUACACGGCGAGGAGGAUGUUGAAUCGGGCUCCCGGCUGGACCGAUGUCCUGGAGUUUCAUACUGGGUACUCGGAGAAGGAGGUUAGUGAUUGCGGGAGGGUUUUGGUGGAUUUAAUGGGGAAGGUUAAGGAUGGGAAAUUGAAGACUGUGUUCCACAAGUAUUCCAGCUCGUCGAGGGGAUCUGUCGCUUUGAUUCCGCUGCCGGCGCCGGCGGCCAACUCGCUGCCGUGAUGACUUUGAAUGAACUGCCGACGGGAGAAAUUUGGGGGAUUAGGGAUUUUGAUCAAUUUCUUGGAUUGAUUGCUUUUGAGUUGGGGGGAGCCAUACAGUUGGCAAGGGUUUUUACUUUUAAGUAUUGAAUUGUAGUAGUUUGAUUUCACAGUGAUCAAACUGUAGUUUGUAAUUGCGAGCGAUGAUGAUUUUACUGAUUCAAUAAAUUUGGGGGCAAAACCAAAUUUGUGUUCCUUUUUCUUCAAUAUUUUUUCGUCUACAUUAGCGGGCUGAGGCGUUAAAAUUGGGCCUGGAGUUGGGAUUGAAUAGUUGGGCCUCGAUGCAAUUACGGCCUAGUAUGACAGUCCAAUAAUAGUCCAUUUUGUAUCUCUUAUGACGAGGGGUUUGCGGAUUAAAUGGUUGCUAAAGGCGUGGGUUUAAAAAGCUUCGCCUCUAUAAAGAAAGAUUGGUUUCACCUAUAGGUUGUAAGGUUAGAGUGUGGUAUAAGAUCCAGCAAAACCUUCUCCCAACAACUCGAGUUAUUGGGAGCAACUGGUUCAUGACAUGGUAUCAGAGCCUCGAACCAAAUUUGUGUUCCUUUUUCUUCAAUAUUUUUUCGUCUACAUUAGCGGGCUGAGGCGUUAAAAUUGGGCCUGGAGUUGGGAUUGAAUAGUUGGGCCUCGAUGCAAUUACGGCCUAGUAUGACAGUCCAAUAAUAGUCCAUUUUGUAUCUCUUAUGACGAGGGGUUUGCGGAUUAAAUGGUUGCUAAAGGCGUGGGUUUAAAAAGCUUCGCCUCUAUAAAGAAAGAUUGGUUUCACCUAUAGGUUGUAAGGUUAGAGUGUGGUAUAAGAUCCAGCAAAACCUUCUCCCAACAACUCGAGUUAUUGGGAGCAACUGGUUCAUGACAUGGUAUCAGAGCCUCGAACCAAAAGGUCAUGUAUUCGAAUCUCCACGACCCCCAAUAUUAACCGUUGUCUUUCAAGCACAUGGUAUGGUGGGCCUGUGCAAACUUCAAGCCCAUGGGUUGGCUUUCGUUUGAGGGGGCGUGUUAGAGUGUGGUAUAAGAUCCAGCAAAACCUUCUCCAAACAACUCGAGUUAUUGGGAGCAACUGGUUCUUGACAUGGUAUCAGAGCCUCGAACCAAAAGGUCAUGUGUUCGAAUCUCCACGACCCCCAAUAUUAACCGUUGUCUUUCAAGCACAUGGUAUGGUUGGCUUUCGUUUGAGGGGGCGUGUUAGAGUGUGGUAUAAGAUCCAGCAAAACCUUCUCCCAACAACUCGAGUUAUUGGGAGCAACUGGUUCAUGACACAUAAUUCAUAAACGAUUAAGGGUGAAAAGGGGACAAGUCAUUUUUAGGUCACUUUUGUAGUUUGGAUUUGGAUUAACAUUGCCUGUGUGUCAAUUUUAGAGAUACGUUAUAUGAAACAUAUGUUAGACACUUGAAGUAAGAUAUUUAGUCGACUAUUUAAAUUAUUAUUGUUAGAGUCGUGCAUCACCUUGAAUCAUUAAUUCGAGUCUAAUUCCUUCCAUAACUGGACAAAUAAUUGUAAAUAUAUGUGAUUCUACGAAAAAAGAGACGACCAAUAGGAAUUUUGUAACAUAUAUAGUAGAUUCUGAUUAAUAUUAUAAAAAAUUUUAUUGUUA